AUGAUUGUGGAGAACUCUUUGGAGCAUGGCUUCCUUCCGGCAGUCUGGGAUUUUGUAACUAUGCAACUGCAGCUUGCCUCACUAUUUUUCACAUACUCAAUGGGAACCCGUGCACAUUUCUUUGGUAGGACCAUUCUGCAUGGGGGAGCGAAGUACCGUGCAACUGGGCGAGGUUUUGUUGUGCAGCGCAAGUGCUUUGCUGAGAACUAUCGGCUCUAUGCUCGCAGCCACUUUGUCAAGGCAAUCGAACUUGGAGUGAUCCUCANAGUGGUAGUAAUGGUGUACAUGUUCUUGUGGGGGAGACUGUAUCUUGCACUCAGUGGUGUUGAGGAGUACGCCAGCAGAAAUGCCAGCAGCAACAAAGCACUUGGUGCAAUUUUGAAUCAGCAGUUUGUUAUCCAGCUUGGUGUGUUCACUGCCCUCCCUAUGAUUGUGGAGAACUCUUUGGAGCAUGGCUUCCUUCCGGCAGUUUGGGAUUUUGUAACUAUGCAACUGCAACUUGCCUCACUAUUUUUCACAUACUCAAUGGGAACCCGUGCACAUUUCUUUGGUAGGACCAUUCUGCAUGGGGGAGCGAAGUACCGUGCAACUGGGCGAGGUUUUGUUGUGCAGCGCAAGUGCUUUGCUGAGAACUAUCGGCUCUAUGCUCGCAGCCACUUUGUCAAGGCAAUCGAACUUGGAGUGAUCCUCAUUGUGUAUGCUUCACAUAGCCCCUUGACUAAGGACACCUUUGUGUAUAUAGCUAUGACUAUAUCAAGUUGGUUCCUUGUACUGUCAUGGAUAACAUCUCCGUUUUUGUUCAAUCCCUCUGGGUUUGACUGGUUAAGAACAGUGUAUGACUUUGAUGAUUUCAUGCAUUGGAUUUGGUACAAUAGGGGAGUUUUUGUAAAAGCGGAUCAAAGUUGGGAGACAUGGUGGUAUGAAGAACAGGACCACCUGAGAACUACCGGUCUCUGGGGAAAGUUGCUUGAGAUUAUUAUGGAUCUUCGUUUCUUCUUCUUUCAAUAUGGAAUUGUUUAUCAAUUACACAUUGCUGGUGGUAACACUAGUAUUGGUGUUUACUUGCUGUCUUGGAUUAUUAUGGUCGCUGUUGUGGCAAUUUACAUUGCCAUUGCAUAUGCAAAAGACAAAUAUUCGAUGAAGGAGCACAUAUAUUAUCGACUGGUGCAGUUGCUUGUCAUUCUGCUCACUACGCUGGUGAUUGUUCUACUGUUGAGGUUAACCAAGUUUACGCUGCUUGACUUCAUCACAAGUUUGUUGGCUUUUAUUCCAACUGGAUGGGGCUUAAUCCAAAUUGCCCUAGUGCUCCGGCCCUUUUUGCAGUUUACUUUGGUUUGGAGCACUGUUGUGUCCUUGGCUCGGCUAUAUGAUAUGAUGCUUGGGUUAAUUGUUAUGGCUCCUCUGGCAUUUCUAUCAUGGAUGCCUGGAUUUCAAUCCAUGCAGACAAGAAUAUUAUUUAAUGAAGCUUUCAGCAGGGGCCUUCAGAUUUCUCGUAUCCUCACAGGCAAAGAUACAUAAUUUGAGGAACAAGUUAAUAAUUUCAGAGGCAUAUGCAUCUCUUUUCUUGAUUAUAUAGGCCGCGAUUCCAAAUAAGUGGCUUUAUUUUUUGUUGGAGCUUGGAUGGGGAAUUUGAUUUUGUGCCUUCUACUCAGUCUGGGUAACUUCUCACCCUUCAGUCUACCAAGUCGACGAGGCUUGCAGCGGUUUUACUAAGCGAUGUGGAACAGUUGGGUCUUUUCUUCUUCCUAGUCUUAGUAUGGUUAGGUUCAGGAAUCAUGGUUAGAUCUAUCAUGUUUCCAAUUUUUUGUAAUUCUGUACAUAAUGGCCACAUGUAAAUGGUGUAGUCUAUUCUGAUUAUGACACUGUAUUUGCGUAUUUCUGGUGAGCUAAUGGACGACAGUGGAACUUACACCAACUACGGUUUGGCUACUGAGCUUGCAAAAGGAAAUUGCUCACUUCUAGCUCUAUUUAAUGUAUUUUUUGGGGGUUAAUUUCUUGACAGAUGUAACUCAUAUUCAGUCAGUGAGCAAGACUACUAAAAGGCACUUUGCUUGUCGCCUUAAA